CAGGAGGCAAUGCAAACAGUCAAUGCGUCAGGUGUAGCUGUCCAGACAAACGGAGAGGGGCACUCAGCGAUAUGCUUUUAAUGCGGUCUCUAUUUUAACGAUUAUUUAGCUAAGUCAACGGAGACCCAGCCGUCGCUCACCUGGCCCAAUUUAGCGAACCCCAUCCCCCCCGCCCCGACACCCUCGCGCACAGUCAUGAGUGGCAGCGGGCGGCCCAGGGCCAGCUCCUUUGCCGAGCCACCGGGUGCUCCCGGAGCUGCUGCAGCCGCUGCCGGAUCGGCCACUGCGGGGGGGAGCACUGCAGGGAAGUCCGGUGCUGCACAGGCCUCAGGGGGCAGUUCGUCUGGGUUCGGAAACUUGAAACUAAGCAGAGACAGUGGUAAGGUGACCACGGUUGUGGCCACGCCGGGUCAGGGGCCCGACCGCCCGCAGGAGGUGUCCUACACCGACAUCAAGGUCAUCGGCAACGGGUCCUUCGGCGUGGUGUACCAGGCGCGCCUCAUCGACAGCCAGGAGAUGGUGGCCAUCAAGAAGGUCCUGCAGGACAAGAGAUUCAAGAACCGUGAGCUGCAGAUCAUGAGGAAGCUGGACCACUGUAACAUCGUCCGGCUGCGCUACUUCUUCUACUCCAGCGGAGAGAAGAAAGACGAGGUGUACCUGAACCUGGUGUUGGACUUUGUCCCAGAGACGGUGUACAGGGUGGCCCGGCACUUCAACAAGGCCAAGACUACCAUCCCUGUAAUCUACGUGAAGGUGUACAUGUACCAGCUGUUCCGCAGCCUGGCCUACAUCCAUUCCCAGGGCGUCUGCCACAGAGACAUCAAACCCCAGAACCUGCUGGUGGACCCAGAGACGGCCAUCCUGAAGCUGUGUGAUUUCGGGAGUGCGAAGCAGCUGGUGCGUGGGGAGCCCAACGUGUCCUACAUCUGCUCACGGUACUAUCGCGCCCCAGAGCUCAUCUUCGGGGCCACCGACUACACCUCCAACAUCGACAUCUGGUCGGCCGGCUGCGUGCUGGCCGAACUGCUGCUGGGACAGCCCAUCUUCCCCGGGGACAGCGGGGUGGACCAGCUGGUGGAGAUCAUCAAGGUCUUGGGGACCCCGACGAGGGAACAGAUCCGAGAGAUGAACCCCAACUACACAGAGUUCAAAUUCCCACAGAUCAAAGCACACCCCUGGACGAAGGUGUUCAAGCCGCGGACGCCUCCGGAGGCCAUCGUGCUGUGCUCCCGGCUGCUGGAGUACACGCCGGUGCGCCGCCUGUCCCCGCUGGAGGCCUGCGCCCACGCCUUCUUCGACGAGCUGCGCCAGCCCGGAGCGCGCCUGCCCAGCGGCCGGGACCUGCCACAGCUCUUCAACUUCAGCCCCGUGGAGCUGUCCAUUCAGCCGCAGCUGAACCCCACGCUCAUUCCUCCCCACGUCCGCGCACAGGCCACCGCCUCCUCGCACGAGGGCGGUGUGUCCGACAGUCCAGCCCAGCCCAGCUCAGCACCUGGACCUCUUAGCAACAGCACCUGAACACUUACCCAUAUGUGCCCCCCCCCCCCCUCCCUCCCCCCAUUUCCCUGAAUCUCUUCUGUUUGUCUGUCUCCCCACCUCCAGACUUCCUUUUCUCUCCCUCUGCCACCUCUCAUUCCUCUUUUUAUUCCUUAUCGGCUCCAAACUGUAGUAAGCAGAUGACACACUUUGACACACGUGCACACACAGACACGCAGUGAUACGUUCCCGUUAGCCCACCCCAUUACCUGACAGCAGCUCUAGUGUAAAUGUGUAGUUCUGCAGUAGGGUAGCAAGAGUGGGAGUGUCAUUGCCAUAGACAGUGAGUCCAGUUUUCAUGCACAAGUUUAGACUGCCUGGUCAGUGGAAACCUCACUUUGGCCCAGUAUCUGUACCCGGAUGAACAGAGUCGGUUCAGAUCCGCGACUCAUCGUCCGGGUCCCUCUGAAUCUCAUUAUUGCCGGUAGUACUAUCUGCAAUAUUCCAGAUUGGGGUUUUGUUUUGUUUCUUUAUUUUUUUAACAGGAGUUUUAAUAAGGGAAAGGGGCAGGUGGUCUGUACAGUUAGCACAUUUUUUUUUUUUUUUUUUCAUUUUUAUUCAGUAAUUAUAUUUCUUUUUAAAUAAAUGUUAAUUUAUUUGACUCUUUAGACUUUUUUACGAUGAUGACAAUGAAAAGAUAUCAGUGUUCUGGCAGUAUGCACCGCAGGGUCGAUGCCUCAUUGCACAGUCAGGGUUACUCUCCCCUGCAGCUCUCUCACCUUCGCCAGUUGACACCGUAGCUCAGGACCAACAACACUGACGACUAGUGGUGGAUCCCAGCGCAAGUCGCAGUCUCGGGAGUCCAUUUGCACAGACAGAACCGUAGUGUGGAUUCGUACUGUAUUAAUAUCUCAGCUGCUACUUUCUUGCCAGUUAAGGCCAGUUUGUGAUGGCUCUCUGUUUCAGAACGGGCAGGGAGGUCUCUGCUGCGUCAGGAGAAGGUAUCCCCUGCUGUUAGACCAGUGUCCACAGAUGGCACACCUCAAGUUUAGUUGGAAAAGCAUUCAUCCUCUUUAAUUCUCCAUACUUCUGUCUGUUCUUAAAUGGUCAGUUUACAAGCUAAAGCAGGGUAAUUUCCUUGUGGUUAUAAAUGGAGAAAAGAGGCUGGGGUUUUUAUACUUUUUAUUAAAUUAUAUUUAAAAAAAAGAAAAUGGAAACUGCUUCUUUUUUUUUCUUCUUUUUUUUUAACACUUGCGUGUAAAUGUAUUUAUUUUUAUUUUUGAAUGGACAUGGAAGAUUAUGAUUUUUAUUUUGUUUUGUCAGAUUUAAGUUAGGGUGGAGAUGGGCUGUGAGUUCUGUAUCGACAUCCAAAUGUCCCACAGUGGGUAGAGCUGUUGCUGGCUGUUUUAUAGAACUGUUUUGACAUUGAAAAAUGUUGAUGCGAAAGUCUUAAUGUUAAUUGUUUCAGGAGGGACCUUUUAAAAAUGGAAUCUGCACACCCCCCCCCCCCACCAUGUGUAUAUAAAUGCAUCAAUGUCAAUAAAGCAGAUAUCAAACUGAAUGGAGAGGAGUUCUUAGCAUCACACCUGUUUUAUCAAGGGAGCAAGGGGGCCUGAGCGCUGGCAAGUGCAAAUUUGUGUUGGGGCCAAGUACUAAUCGCGUCAAAUUCAGGCUCUGUUAAGAUAAGUGCUUGAGCACUGUUGCACUGAAGCUAGGGUAGAUGACUCGCCAGAAUGGCUGCAUUCAUUCGGUUUGGCAAGGUGCAAACUGCCUGUUCUCUGUUGUGCGCACGCUACCUCACACCGUCUCAUCCAGUUAGAGUUUAGGUUUUUCUUUUCUUUUUUUCCCCCCACCCCUUUCAACCAGAUGAUUGCACUUGCAUGCCGUGGUAUGCACUUUGACUGUAUGUGUGCGUCUGUGUGCAUGCGUAUCUGUAUGCGAGUGAUUGAGAGGGGGAGAGUCUUAUGAACUUGAGUGGGGGAAAAAAGUAUGACUGAAUUGUCAGUGACGCGUGUGUAUCAACAGUCUCAAUGUGCAGUGCAUAUUGAGCUGCUGUCGUGUUUCGUUUAUCCAAAAAUCUUGAUUGCAUGAAUUAUUGUGCUGUCAUCACUGCUGUUCGCAUCAGUAGGAAUUCAAUGGUGGUCGGUUGGUACAUUAGUCUUAAUAUUCACUACCACUCGCCCCUCACUCCCACUACUACAGAGAUGGAAAGCUUAGCUGGAUUCUUAACUUUACAGAUCUCUCCCUGUCUCUUUUUGGAGCCGCCUUUCCCUUCCUUCCCCUUUACCUUUCUCUCUUAUGAUUAAUCUGUAAAUAUUGACUACCUUUAUUAUUUUUUUGUUAUUGUUAUUAUAUUGGGGUUUUUUUCUCUUGCGUAGGAGGGCUUGUUUGGGUGUUUCCAGUCUUCAAUCACUUCAGUCUCAAGUCUGUAAAUACAGUUAUUUUAAGUCCUGGGGUCAAAGGAAAAUCAAAAUGGUCUUUUUUAUUUUUGUUUCUAAUCUCUCUCCCACCAUUUCUCUCUGGCUGUCUCUGCCACCUCUCCUCAAAUGUAAUUUUGUUGCUGUUGCUUUUAUUUAUUGUUUAUGUUGGGGAUUUUUUUUUUUUUUGGUUAAAGUACUUGACAUGCAGCGCUGUCAAGUUCAACAUAUUCAGAUAUUCUCGAGAAACAAUCAAUACAUCCAGUCAACCACUAUACAGUGAUUCUGGAGCCAUAAUAUAUCAAACCAGUUUAAUGUGAAAGUGUGUACCUACGUGACUUACGGCUUACAGUGGUGGCGUGGGUGUACAUGGUGUGCAUUCCUGAAUAUGCCCGAGCCUUCAAGGACAGUGUGGGGAAUUUGUGUAUUCAGAUAUGGACAUGGAUGAAUGGAAUUCAGGAGACAAUGUUUCACGCUCUUUUCUUUCCUCUCCAUAUGAGCGGUGUUGUUUGAAAGACUGCGUGAAAUAUGUUGUGAAAUGUGUGAGUGUAUGUGAAAGCUUGGACCUGCUGCUUGUGUCUCGAGAGAAGAGUGUGCGUAAGCGUGAGUAUCAUCAGUGUCUACGGAUUGAGAACAUGUUCCCCGAUUGUUGUUCCCGUUUUUGUGUUUGUUCCCAGUUGUACUGCCAGCCCCAAAUGAAGAAAUUACUGUAAAUGUUUCUUAACCUUUUAUUUUAUGGGUUGAUUUUAAUUUGUUUGCGUUCUUAUUCUGACAGCCUGCCCUGGGUGGAUGUUGGUGGGAGGGAGAGGGAGACUGUGUUUGUUGGUAUAAAAUGAACUCAAUAAAGUGAUGAAACUGAAA